AUGAUUGAGUUCGCUACUGAAAUAAGCGAGGAUUCUAUUUUGAACAAAAAGGAAGCAGAGCCAAAGAAAAAAAAGUCAAUAGAAGACACAAUUUUUGAAUUUUUCUUUAUAUUAUACUAUCAUCAUAAUUGCAAAGAAAAAUCCCUAGUAAAACAAAAAUUAAAAUUGGCAAUUGAAGCUACUAUUUGGUGUCUUCAAAUGGUCAGUUUGCUAUGGAUUCCAAAUCUCUUAAUUUCAGAUUGGGAGGCUAAUAUGACUAUGUGAGUCGCUAUAGGUUAUGUAAAAAUAGACAAUACCUGCUCAGCCUUUGAUAUUGAAGAUAAAUGUUUAUAUAUCUCAAUGGCUUAUGAUUUUAUAGUAAUUUUAGGCAUUUUUGCAUGCUUUUUAGCUAUUUACUUUUCCAAAAGCUUGCCAAAAAUUAUAAUAAGCUUAUUAAAUAGACUUAUCUGGCUGUGGCUAAAUUUUUUAUGCAUCCCUUCAUUAGAAAUAUUCACUUUGUUUCUUAAAUACAGUUCACAACAAAAAAAUGUCACUGAAUAUAAAAAAAAUGAAGAUUCAGCAAAAUAUGAAAUUUCAAGCCCAAUACAAACUUUAAGCAUUAUUGCAAUUUUAAUAUGUUUUCUGACUAUUUUAUUAUAUUCUAUUCUUUCAUCUGAAAUUCGCCACUGUGCAGCAAAAAGUACAGUUAAUGCAAAAGCUCAUUCAAAAAUAGAGAUUCAUACAGCAAUCUUUACAUUCUCUUUCCCAGUUUUUUAUUCAAUAUUUGCUGAUAAUUAUAUCCUACAUUUACAGAUUUUAGCAUUAAUUAUAUCAGUAUUUUUAAUAGCCGAGACAAUUUCAUUUUUUCCUUAUUUUUCAGAAUAUUGUAGUAUAGUCGUUAUUAUUCGGUUUUUUAUCGUUGCCCUGGUAUCUUUUCUUUUUAUUUUUGGCUACUGCUUAGAUAAUUCAUUAUCUAUUUCUAUAUUUGCAAUUAUUUUACUCCCUAUCUCUAUUAUAUUUAUUAUUAUUUACACUUUAAAACUACACAAAAAACUAAGCAAAAAUAUUCCUGAAAGUAUUGAUGGAAUACAUGAUCAAUACCACUUAGAAAAAUCUCUCAGAUAUGCAUUGUGCUCUGAAAACCAUAAAAAUAAAGAUGAAAUUAUACGAAUUUUCGAAAAUUUUUUCUUAUUUAAAGGCUUACAUAGAUGUAAGCUUCAAAUUAUAUGGAUUGCAAACUACUGCUUAUUUACUUUAAAAAAUGGAGCUCUAGCGAAGAUUAAAUUGUCCAAAGCAAAAAGUUUAUCAGAAUGGAGCUUGGAAGCUAGAUAUCAAGAAUACUUGUGCAAUAGAAUCAUUACGGAAUUCGAUUCAAAUGAAAGCGUAUCUUAUGAGAAUUAUUACCACAAAAUCAAUCAAAUUAAGCACCAAGAUAGAAAACUAUGCGAAAAUUUAUCAUCAUUUUGGGAAGAAGUUACUUCCAAAAACCUAUCUUUUUAUAAUUUAAUCAGAACUUUAAAUUCCAUUGAUGAUGGGAUUGAAUUUUUAAAUGCAGAAUAUAAACAACUUACCACAAAAUACCAUAAUUCUCGAGAUGCAUUAAUCAUGUAUUUUUUAUAUAUGAGGAAUAUUUUGCAUGAUUAUGAUAACUCUGACAAGAUUAACUACAAGCUCAGAUUUUUUGAUAGAAUUUUUUCCAGCAUAUACUAAUUGACCAAGAAUAGCCCACUAAGGAGCCAUUCUUGGUCUGCCAGAAAAAAUUUUGACAAAAGAUCCUAAUCUGCCAUUACCACUGAGUUUUGGUGUUUCCAAAUUUUUUGGGAAAGCCAAAUGCAAUAAAAACAAUUGUUCUUUUGCGAUGAUGCAUUUGGCUUGUCAAAAAAAUUUGGAAACACCAAAACUCAGUGGUAAUGGCAGAUUAGGAUCUUUUUGUCAAAAUUUUUUCUGGCAGACCAAGAAUGGCUCCAUAGUGGGCUAUUCUUGGUCAAUUAGUAUAACCAAUAAUACUCAAAAUUUAAGCUGUUUUAAUAGUAGCAACGGAAUUUUGCUUAUUUCAAAUGAGGACGAAAAUUUUGGAGAAAUUCUGUCCGCAAACUCUAAAGCUAUGAGUUUUUUCAACUUGUCAUUACAUGAUAUUAUAGGAAAUAAUAUUCAAAGUUUCAUUCCGGAGCCUUAUAAAACAAAAAUUCUUGAUAAAAUGAAUCAUAUGGUGCAUUUUAGUUCAACAACGGAUACCUAUUUUAAUGAUGGCUGCUUUUUUAUUUCCAAAAAGAAUUACCUGUUAGAAACUAUUGGAAAAGCAUCAAUAACUUCUAUUAAUAGCGUCCUUGUCACUAUACUUGUUUUCAAAAUAAAUCGAACUCAACAUCAGGCUGCUUUAGUAUCUGAAGAAGGAGAAAUUUAUUGCUAUUCUGAAGGAUUUUCUGAAAUUGCAGGAAAUUGUAAUAAUUUGGCAGGACUCAAUAUAAAAUCUUUAUUUCCAUGCUUAGAAAAAACUGAAUUACAACCACUCACCCCAUAUCAUAUACCAGGCUUAAAAAGUGAAACAAUUUUGAUAUUUAUGCACUCAGAAUUUUAUAAGGACCCCCCCCCUCAUUUGUCCAAUUUUCUAGUCUUAUAGGAAUAAAAAUUUAUUUAGGACCUCAUUUGUCCAAUUUUCUAGUCAAAAUUUUGAUAGAGAAAAAAAAUUUCAGGACCUCAAUUGUCUCAUUUUCAAGUUUUUUUAAAGUAAAAAACUAGAAUUUAGGGCAUUCGAAAAAAUCCAAAAAAACUAGAAAAUUGGACAAAUCAUUUUUGACUAGAUUUUGGGACAAAUGAGGUCCUGAAAAAAAAAAAUUCUUAUAAAAAAAAGACUAGAAAAUUGGACAAAUGAGGGGGGGGUUCCUUAGCAUAAAAAUCCCUUAUGUGCUUCUCAUAAACGAUCCUAAUGAAAUUAUUAAAUGAAAAGACGAAAAUUGAAGGACUCAAUACGAUUUUUCUAGUGAAAACUCAGUAAGGCCAACUCCAUUCUCAUUUCAAAUGCUCAAAUCCUCAGUUUCUGAAGAAAACUCUCCACUGCUGUCAAAAGAAGCGCUUGGGCAUGAUUAUUUAUCAGACGAAACUACCAAAAUAAUAAAAGAAAAAAAUAAUACUGAAAAAUCUCAAAGCACAGAAAGCUCAUCUCAAUGUGUAUUUCUUCAAAUGAUAAAAAUAUCAUCAAGAUCAAUCGAUGUCUUACACCUUAUUUUAGUUUUAUUGGUAACUUUUAAUCAGAUUUGUGUGGUAAUAUUUACUAAUUUGGCAGUUUUAUUUUAUGCUUUUAAUAGGAUUAAUGCUGUUCGUGACUUAAGCCUUCCAAAAGCAUUAGGAGAUAUUGGAAAAUCGUUCCAACAAAUUGGACUUCUUUCUAGACUCAUUUUUAUAUUUUAUCCGUUGAGCCAGGCAGCUUCAAUUGUAAACUUCUGUUUUAGCCGUUUUGAAGAAAAUGUGAAAAAUCUUGAUAAUUUGUAUACGAAUAUUUCGGGAAAUUUAACAAAUUGAGGUUCAUGCUCUGGGAAUGACAUUUUUAGUGAAAAUAAUAUUAAUUUAUGAAAAAUUGAUGAUGAUAUAUAUAAGGAAAAAACGAAUUUAAUAGAUACGAUUUCACAAUUUAUUCAAUUUGUAAAUUUUACAUAG